UAUUCAAAUUUCCUUAUCUUAUGUUUAUUUUAUCUCUGAAAUUAAUGAUAUAAAGUUAUAAAUGUUAUAGGAUUCAGAUAUGUAUUUAAUUACUUCCAAAUUGUAUGAGAAAUCUGACUCUGAUAUUUAUUUAAUGUAUCUUCAUAUUGGCAUGAGUAAUAUUAUGGCAUCGACUUGUUUAGAAUUUUAUUCCCUGGGUAAAAUGGAUACAAUAACACGUUGUAUUUUACUAUUGUUUGGAAAAGGAUUUAUAAUUUAUUUUUUAGUUAUAAUCUUACAAUUGAUUGAAUCAGCUGCAGAAGCAGAAUUAAAAUAUCAACAAGUUAUAUAUCAAGUGAAAGAAUAUAUUCAUCAAAAAAAAUUUCCAGAAAAUCUUAAAAAAAGACUUAUUGAGUAUUACGAGUAUCGUUUUCAAGGCAGUUACUUUAAAGAAAAUGCAAUAUAUCGUACUUUAUCAAAUCUUUUAAAUCAAGAAAUUAUGAUGCACAGUAGCCGUGGAUUGUUAGAUACAGCAACCAUUUUGCAUCAUUUGCCACGCAGUGUCAUUGGAAAUUUAAUGGGAAUUUUAAAACCAGUCAUUUAUCUCAACGAAGAUAUCAUAUAUAAAAGUAGAACUGAAGGUGAUUGUAUGUUCUUUAUAGUUAGUGGAACUGUUGCUCUUAUUACAUUCUCUGGAAAAGAAAUAUGUCAUGAAAAAGAUGGAGGUUACUUUGGUGAAGCAGCUAUAAUAUUUCCAGAUCGAAAAAGAUUAGAAACUGUAAUCGCGCUAGAAUUUUAUCUUUUAUUUAGUGCUAUAAACAUGGUUGAACUGAAAUGGGAAGAAAAAUAUGAACUCGUCACAAGAAACUUAGCUGAGUGGCUUGGUGAUGAAAAACUUAAAAGUAUUCUCAAACAACGAGAUUUGAAGCUUUAUUGGGGUACUGCUACAACUGGUAGACCUCAUAUUGGUUAUUUUACACCAAUGUCCAAGAUAGCAGAUUUCUUAAAAUCUGGUGCAGAAGUUACUAUAUUAUUUGCUGAUCUUCAUGCUUAUUUGGAUAAUAUGAAAGCACCAUGGGAACUUUUAGAAUUACGUACCCAAUAUUAUGAAAAAAUCAUUAAAGCUAUGCUUAGAUCUAUUGAUGUACCUUUGGAAAAAUUAAAGUUUGUUAAAGGAACUGAUUAUCAAUUAUCCAAGGAAUAUACAUUAGAUGUAUAUCGUUUAAGUUCUAUUGUUACUGAACAUGAUGCAAAAAAAGCAGGUGCUGAAGUAGUUAAACAAGUUGUAAAUCCUUUGCUUUCUGGAUUAUUAUAUCCAGGUUUGCAAGCUUUGGAUGAACAAUAUCUUAAAGUUGAUGCUCAGUUUGGUGGAAUAGAUCAAAGAAAAAUUUUCACCUUUUCAGAAAAAUAUUUACCAUUACUUGGUUAUGAAAAACGUAUUCAUUUAAUGAAUCCAAUGAUUCCUGGAUUAGCAGGAUCAAAAAUGUCUUCUUCUGAAGAAGAUUCAAAGAUUGAUUUAUUAGAUAAUGCUUCUGUUGUUAAAAAAAAGUUAAAAAAAGCAUUUUGUGAACCUGGUAAUAUUAGUGAUAAUGGAGUACUUUCAUUUGCCAAAUAUGUAAUAUAUCCAUUAUUAAAAGAAGGAGAAUCUUUUAAUGUAUAUAGAACAGCUGAAUUUGGUGGAGAUAUAUCAUUUGAUACAUAUGAAGAUUUAGAAAAUGCAUUCGCUAAGGAAGAAAUACAUCCUGGAGAUUUAAAAAAUGCAGUUGAGAUUUAUAUCAAUAAACUUUUAGAUCCAAUUAGAAAAGAAUUUGAAAAAGAUUCAAAAUUAAAAAAUUUAGCGAAUAAAGCAUAUCCUCCACAAAAGCCAAAAAUUAUUGAGGAAUUAACACCGGCUCGAUUAGAUAUUAGAAUUGGCAAAAUAAUUGAAGUAUCAAAACAUUCUGAUGCUGAUUCACUUUAUGUAGAAAAAAUUGAUCUUGGAGAAGCUACUGGACCUCGUACAAUAGUCAGUGGACUUGUAAAUUAUGUACCAUUAGAACAAAUGAAAGAUAGAAUGGUAGUUGUCCUUGCAAACUUGAAACCAGCAAAUUUAAGAGGUGUUCAAUCCCAUGGAAUGGUUUUAUGUGCUUCAGUGGAUGAACCAAUGAGACGAGUAGAACCAUUGAGACCUCCAUUAGACAGCAAGCCAGGUGAAAAAGUAAUUGUGGAUGGAUAUGAAGAUGGAUCACCAGAUGAUGUACUUAAUCCCAAGAAAAAAAUAUGGGAAAAAUUACAAGUUGAUCUCGUAGUAAAUGGUAAUGGAGAAGCAUCUUGGAAUGGAAAUCUUUUACUUACUGUCAAUGGUGGCAAACUUACAACUGAUAGUCUUAAAAAUGUAGCGAUUAAAUAAUAAUGCUUCAGAUAUCUAGGUAUCCAUGCAUUUUUAUUUUUACAAAAAUUGAUCAAAUCUGUUUUAUAUUGAGAAAUGCUUUAUAUUUAAAACUGCCGUUUCUUAUUUAAUUGUUUGCAUUACUAUUUUAUAUUUUUGAUGUA